AGUAAUUUGUUAUUUCUAUCGUCGAAGCGUUCCCUUCGUAGUUAAAGCAGGGGAGCUUUGUUUUGUACUGAAGGAAGUUAGAAUAUACGAAGUAAUGAGAGGGAGAUUGGUUGUGUUCCCAGUAAAAGGCAGGAACUGGUGCUUUAGCAGAUCCGUUGAGCCUCUUGUAUCUGAAUCCGCUUCCUCUCUCACUCCCUCCACUUUCAAACAACUAUGGCACCGCGUCUCUUCUUCCAAAAACUCCAACCAUCUUGAACUCCUCAUCGAUUUCAUUUCUCUUAAGAUGAAUAGAGCGUGGGUGGGUCUGGAGAUGGCUCCUCAAGGGUCUUUAAAGAACAAAAUUCAUGGGUUGGGUUUGAAGCUGUUGGCACGGGUUAAGCCGUCUGAGAUAUUCUUGAAAUCCAUAUCCAAGGAGGUUACAGAUGUUGAAGUUAAUUACCCUUCAAGCUUAAAUGCACGGCUGGUGCGUCGAAGGUUACGUCAUAUUGCCAGGAGGGGAACCAUCAUUCACAAGAAUUACUUUUAUGGUUCUGUUUCUUUGCUUCCAUUGACAUUUGUAUUUUCUGUUUUGCCUCUGCCUAACAUCCCAUUCUUUUGGAUCCUAUUUCGCACUUACUCUCAUUGGCGAGCUCUGCAGGGAAGUGAGAAGCUCCUUGUAUUAGUCUCAGAUCAUUCAGGGUCUCAGAACUUUGCUGUUUCUAAAACGAAGGCAAGUGAAGAUGAGCAAAACAAAUGUGAGAAUGAAACUAACAAAUUGCUUGCUUCUUCAUGGGUGUUGAAGCCAUCCUCAAAACUUGAUGAGCUUGUUAGCCGAGCGGACAAAGACGAUGGGCUGAGUAAAUGCGUCAUUUCAGAGAUCUGCAAGAUGUAUAAGUUGAACACAAUUGAUGUUGUCAAAUACAGGAAUUCAGUGUAGUUGAAAUUACAAUGUUUUGUUAUUGCAUCAUGGAAUUGUACUAUAACUGGGUUAGAUUUCCAUGAAACUAAUAUCAAUUUAUGAAUAAAAUGAAUUUAUCCUGCCAAAA